UCUUCAUUUUUUUUUUUUUCAACCAAAAAAAUUUCAUUUUAUUGCAUUUGGUAGGUCAGGUGGAGGUUGGGCAAAAGUGAAAGAAGAAGACCGGCAAAAUGUGGAGGCGAGUGGUAUCGUUGUCCUCAGCUUAUCAGCUCCAGAACGCUCCAUGGCGAUCCUCUACUCUCGAUCUCUCCCGCCGCUUCCUCACCUCUGUAUCCUCCGCUGCCUCCUCCUCCACGACGCCGUUUCAACGAUCCGCUGCUCUCUCCUCUCCUCUCGCCGCCACCGCUUCAGAUAAACUUUUCAAGAGGAGUGUUGAGGAUAUUAUGCCCAUUGCUACCGGCCACGAGCGCGAGGAACUACAGGCCGAGCUCGAGGGAAGGGACAUUCUUGAGAUAAAUUAUCCAGUUGGUCCCUUUGGUACCAAGGGAGAACCUGCUGUGGUUAAGUCUUUCUAUGAUAAGAGAAUUGUUGGAUGCCCAGGUGGUGAGGGAGAAGAUGAGCAUGAUGUUGUUUGGUUUUGGCUUGAAAAGGGCAAACCCCAUGAAUGCCCAGUCUGCUCUCAACACUUCAUGCUCAAAGUGGUUGGUCCUGGUGGUCCUCCUGAUGGUCAUGGAGAUCACAAUCAUCAUUGAAGUGGCUUGUGAGUUGUCGAGCUUUUUGCUGGAAUAAAAUUUUGAAUAAUUUAUCAGGAAACCAAUCUGCUAUAUAUUGUAUAGCAGUUGUUAGAUUCAAUUUCAUGUUUUGUUCAUUCAUUGUAACUCUUGAGUCAUUUUUGGCCUUCUCACAACAGCUUGAAAUAAUGCAAUCAUUGAUGGUUACGAGAUUGAUAUUU